CCGGGCGCCGGGCGGGCGGGCAGUCAGACAGAGUUGUCAGUCAGUUGAGGUCAGGACGUGCGGGACGCUUGGUGUGCGGUAGCAAGUCGCGUCUUCGUCCAGAAGUUUGUUUAUCUCGUGUCUUCUGCUGCCGUCUCGUCUCCCACACUGUCACUUUAAAUAAGCUCCUCCGCGGCCGCGGCCUGUUCAGUCGAUAAGCAGCCGCCGUGCGAGCAGCACAGUGUCCCCGUCCGCCAGUGCGCCAGCAACGCGUCGUCGUUGUCGUACUCGUUGGCGACUCGUCGCGAUAGUCGUGUCCGUGCCGAUCUAGUCCCACGUCUGGUCCGGCAGGGCCGGGAGAAGCGAGAAAUGAACUUGUCCUUCGCCGGGUGCGGCUUCCUCGGCAUCUACCAUGUCGGGGUGGCCGUCUGCUUCAAGAAGUACGCCCCCCACUUGCUGCUCAACAAGAUUUCGGGCGCGUCGGCCGGCGCCAUCGCCGCCUGCGCGCUCCUCUGCGACCUGCCCUUGGGUGAAAUCACCUCCGACAUGCUUCACAUCGUCCGUGAGGCGCGAUGCAGGACCCUUGGACCCUUCAGCCCGUCCUUCAGUGUGCAGGACAUCCUGCUGCAGGGACUCGAGAAGUACUUGCCUGAGGAUGCCCACAUUCGUGUCAGCGGCAAGCUGCACAUUUCUCUCACAAGAGUCUAUGACGGCAAGAACGUCAUUGUGUCUCACUUCAACAGCAAAGAGGACCUCCUCCAGGCCUUGAUGGCAAGUGCUUUUGUUCCAAUUUUCUCCGGAUUCCUGCCCCCCAAAUUCCAUGGUAUUCGCUACAUGGAUGGUGGAUUUAGUGACAACUUGCCAACGCUUGACGAGAAUACCAUCACAGUCAGUCCUUUCUGUGGGGAAAGUGAUAUUUGUCCUAGAGACUUGUCUUUGCAACUAUUUCAUAUCAACGUAGCUAAUACUAGCAUUGAGCUAUCAAGACAAAAUAUCUAUAGAUUCACUAGAAUUUUGUUUCCACCCAAACCAGAGGUGCUAUCAAACAUGUGUAAACAAGGCUUUGAUGAUGCACUCCGAUUUUUAAACCGCAAUAACUUGAUCAAUUGUACUCGUUGUCUUGCUGUUCAAUCAACAUUUGUUGUUCAAGACACUCUUGAUGAAAGCCUUGAAUACGAUCCACAGUGCCAAGAGUGCAAAGUGCACCGCCAAGAAGCUGCAGUAGCAAAUUUGCCUGACACAGUGCUGAGUAUUUUCCAAGACGCCAUUGAUUCUGCCAACAAGGGUCUUAUGAACUGGGUUUUCAAACACCGUGGCAUGAAGCUCCUCUCUGUCCUCAGUCUCCCCUACAUUCUGCCUGCAGACCUCAUGUAUGCCACCUUUACGAAGUUGAUCGCUCUAGCUCCACGUAUGGGUAACAACCUCUACUUGAUGAGCAAGUUCAUCAUGGACGAAGUGUCACGGCUCCUCAAGCGAAUGAACAAAGACCGCAGAGAAAUGAGUGCCCAGAUCACUUGCCAGCUAGCCAUCACUGAAUACGGUGGAAUUUGUGACCCAGAAGAAGAUGAAUGCGACUCUGUGCCUGUGAAGAACAAAAUGAACUUCAACUUCACCCUAAACCUUGAUGAAAAUGGAGAGACAAAGGGUCCAUCAAGGAGAUUCUCUUCUAACAAAAUUUUAUCACGACAUGGUAGUUUCUCAGUCAGUCGAGCUGAGACUUCUAAUGUUGAUGAUGAUACAUUUGAGCACAUUCUUCAAGUAACUGCCCAGCAUGAGGCUAUCAUGGCAUAUUAUUAUAUGGAUGAAAAUAACAAGGUUAAAGUGACUGAAAUAUUUGAUGUCACUGAUGCUGAUUCAAGUGUCCUUCUGAACUCUGAGGAGAAGAUGUUGAAUACGCAGCUUCAAUAUGAUGACGACUGGGACGAAGCUAUUACUGGGUCCUGGAUGUCAGCACAACCAUCUAUGGCAGAGGAAGAUUUAGAUGGUUAUGACGGAGACAGCAGUGUUAGUUCAACUGAAGAAGACGACGCAGACCGCCACUUCUCCAGCGCUGUUUUCUCUGAUCCUGAGAGUGAGUGGAUAAGGGGAUCCACAACUCAUACUGACUUGCCAACCAAAGCAGAUUUUCCUGUACGGCAUGGGUUCUCUUCACGUCCAGAGUCUGAACAGUUAGCAUCAAGAACCACUCGCCUUCCACCAAGGAAACUCCCUUAAAUGACUCAGGAUAUAUCAUAUGUGAUGUGUGAAUAAUCUUGUUCAAAGUUACUUUGAUCGGGCAACUUCAUGGUAGCAAUCACUGCUUUUAACCACGUGGGCCGUGACAUCCCUGUGUAGUUAUGAGUUACAUAGCUGACCAUGUUAGAUGAACACUGACAUUUGUACCUUAGAAGUACAUAAGUAUGUGUGUUCUUGCCUUUAUUUAGAAAAAAAAAACGACUGACUGAUCUUUAGAUAUUG